AUGCAAGACCCGCCAGAGAGACUCAGAACUGCAAUCAUCAAAGGUAAUUUGCCCAUCACCAAGCGACUCUUGUCCAAGUUUCCUGAACUCUUGCUUAACAUUGAUCCUAAUAACCAAGGAUGGUGCAAUCUCCACUAUGCAUCUUUCCACGGCAAGUAUUUGGUGUGCUUCCAUUUGGUUUCACUCAUGAACAAGCUUCAUCUGAGCAGCGGCGCCAACGGUGUCAGCAAAAUAGAUCUUCUCACGUUUGACAACUUGACCGUACUCCACAUGCCUUUGAUGAACCACCAUUCCCAAACACUUCAUUUCCUUCUCCAGGAGUUCUCAUCAGACUUUUGGAUCAACUUCCGCGGCGGCCCGAAGCUCCGAACGCCGCUCCACUUUUGUUGCAUGUACCGUUUCGCCGACGGACUUAAACUCUUGUUAGAGUAUGGCGCCGAUUGGAAAGUGCAAGACUCCAACGGAGACUCGUGUCUUCAUCUAUGUUUCGCCUACGGUGAUCUACUGUGCCUUCGAGAGCUCAUCAAAUUUGUUGCCAGCAGCCGUUUGAAGCAGAGCCUAAGUUCACCUGACGAUCUGGAAUCGCUGCCUACAAAAACGAUAGCCAGUGGAAAAAUCGGCGAAGCACCAUCUGCAUCCGACAAGAGUGCCACCGAACUCAAAAGCAUCGCCCUUGAGGAGAUCAGAACGUUUGAAGAAAUGCUUAAUUUCAAGGGCUGGAAAGCCGUGGACUAUGCCGCAUCGUUCGAGUUGGGGGCGAAGUAUACUGUACUUCGAGAAAAAUGGAUUGACCAAGCUGUCAAUGAAGAAAUUGCCUUGCGUGAUCCAAGCACAUGGGAUUUGUCUCUGUCCAUGUACGUUUUUGAUCACGUGAAUGGCCUUUCCAGAAAAGGGUCUGUGCACAGCUCGGCCUCAUCUUCUUUGGCCAACGACGGCUCCACUUACUUGUCUCACUCAUCUUCCGCAGGCGGAGAAACAGGCAUCCUUCUCAACCCAAUCAAUCCAGUGCAUCCCAUGACGCCCGCCAACGAAUCGCAGGCGUCGUUUGACACAACAGAAAAAGAGAAAAACGGUAGACAGCACCUGAGGUCUCUUCCAAACUCGUCUGUGCCCGACCUCCAUUCACCCAUAGAAGUUGCGCAAGAAAAGAGGGCUCGUGCCAACACUGUCCUACCUUUCAACCAAGGUCAUUCUCUCCUGGCUCUUCGGACUCCUAGCUUGACCCAGGGCACUAUGGUGGCUCCUUUAACGCCCAAUCAAAAUGACGUUUCCAUGGCUGCACCAUCACUCAAAUCCGUAACUAUAUCUCCACUGUAUCGCACCUAUAAAGCUCGUCAGGCCGACGAGGCGCUGGAGGCUGGAAGUGGAGGUAUAUCGGCUCGUGAAGCCAGCAGAAAAUCGUCAGUAAGCGACUCUGGCACUCUGUCGCCUUUGGUGACCACAUUCAAGGCUGCUAAAGGCGGUGUUCCUGCUUCUGCUAGGCCAACCGCUACAGCAUCUAUGCCGAUGCAAAACCUACGUCGAUGGUCUGUGUCAUCAUCCCAAAAACCUGUGGACGUGUCUGCCCAUUCGUCCAUGGCCCGCUCAGCUGCAGAUGCAGCAGUACGGUCGCGAGGGUCGCUGUUCAAACUGCUGCCGGGCCUUUCUCCACAGAAACCAAAGUCUCAUUCGCUCAAGAGAAACAUCUCGACGCCAUCGGUUUUCAACUCUCCGCUUCUGACUAUGGAUUCACUCAGCAGCCUAUCACGCAAGCAUUCGAGACAACGCAGUGCCACGGAAAGCAUGAAGCGCCCACCUUUCCAACUCAGUCGGAUGGCCGAUGGCCACAGCCUGCAAGAAUCCAUAAGUCCGGUUGUGGUCCUGCCCGUGGGAGUUCCUCCCGACGGCCCUGCUAGCCAUGCCCAAACAUACAGGUCGCCUCCAACCCGAGUUUUGGUGAGGGAGAACAAAGGCGACGAGAGCACAUUGAUCUCACGAAACCUCAGCAGCAUCAGUUUUACGAGGGUGCGGGAUGAGUCUGGCGAAUAA